GAUACAACUUUUACAGCCUUUUUAAUUUACGGUACAAAGCAAGGAAACAUGGAUAGGAAAAAUCUGCAUCAAGGAUGUACGUAUUUGUAUGUAUUUGCCAACUGACUAUUUAAGGCCGAGAACUCAGGGUUAAAUUUUAUCUCUGAAGUCUAGUGACAACUCCUGUUGAACUUCAGGAUUGUUUCUCACAUGCCAAAAUGCCUUUUGCCCCCCCUCGAUAAUCAGCUUUCUACAAACGUUAAUAACAAAUACUUCAGUAAACUCAUUCCCCCCUUUCAUGUAGUUACAAUUUUAUUUUAUUUUUCCCCAAUAAAAAGAAAAAACAAACAAACAAACUUCAAGCGCCCAGGGGAGUUUUCAGUCAGCCUGUUAAAUCGCGCAACACGUUAGCAUAUUCGCCGCGCCAGCAGCGCCCGCCUUCCUCGCAGGCCGUCCCUUGCUCCCUGUUGCAGAAAAUAGCUCCGAUGCUAUUUAUGAGAUUAUUAUUAUUUUACAUUUGCAGCUCUUUACACGUGUUGCUGAGGCGCCGCCGUUUCUCCUCUCGCCGACGCCGGAGGCAUGGGGGCGCACCCGUCCGCCAUUUCACACCGCCCUCCCCUUCUCUUCCCUUCACGCCGUGCGGCCGCAGCACCGCCCGCUCCGGGGCGGGCUCCCCGCUCCCUCACCGCCCGGCCCACCGCCGCCGGUCGCUAGGCGAGCCCGGACGCCCUCUCGCCAUCGUUUCGUGCCCUCCCGGUGGCGGCUCCCCGCCGCCCCCCGCCAUGGAGGGCGAUAAGAGAAGAACCAAAGAAGAUACUUGGAAAUCAGAAGAACUUAAGACAUAUCUUAGGGCAUCACAACCAGAGGGUCAGAAUGAAGACAAAAAGCACAGAGAAAAGAAACUGCAGAAAGAGAAGGCUGUUCAUGACGCACGCACUCAUAAAGAUGAACGCAAAGACAGAGGAAAGAGCAAGGAAAGAACAAGAGAGAGAGAGAGAUUUAAAUCUGUUGAAAGAGACAGAGAUAAAAUGAGAGAGAGAGAAAGGGGAAAAGAACAUCACAGAGAACGUGACAGAGAGAGACACCAAGUUAAGCUUCGAGAGCAGAGUUUGGAUAAGGAAAGAUACAGUGUACCGAAAGAUAAAGACAGGGAGAGUGAUAGAGAACGUGAUAAAAAGCAUAAAAGACAUGAGAUAAAGCAAACAGACCUGCAAAAUAGUCUGAACCCAUCUGAAGGAAGAGAGAAAGAACAUUACAGAAAAAGAGAAAAAAGCAGACAUCGUUUGGAAGAGGAGAAAAGAGAUGAAGAGCGAGAAAGAAGACAUACAGGAAAGAAGGAUAACAAUACCAAAAAGAGCAUAGACAAAUCUUUAGCAAUCGAAGUUGAAGAAUUUGAACGGGGACACAAGUUGCAGAAAGAUCAAGAGCUGGAUAAAGAAGAAAGGAGGAGAUACAGGGAAAAACAAGAACGUUCUUUCAGGCCAGGAAAAGAGAGACUUUCAAAAGAGAGAAGUCAUAAACCUUAUGACAAGGAAGAGGAAGAAAAGCACAAGUCAAAGGGAUCUAAAGAGGGAUCUUCCCAUGGAGACAGACGACAUCCGACAGAAGCUAAUAAAAGAGUAAAAAGUGGAGAAAAUGAAAGAAAGAAGCAUGAUCUUAGGAACAGUGACUACAAAAAAGAAGAGGAGAAUCAACAAGAAGAAAAAAUGAGCCAUCAGCAUGUAAGGACUGCAAAAGAUAAAGGAAAAAUCAGUGAAAAAGAGAGAAGGGACACAAGACAAGAGGAAAUUAAAGAUACACACAUCUAUAAUUCAGACACAGGGUUUGAUAACUUUUCAGAAAAUUAUGAAGAUGAUUUUGAAGAUUAUGAAGAUGAUUUUGAUGAUGAUGAUGAAGGCAAAAGUGGUGAAGAAGGAGAUGCAAAAGAAAAACUAGGAGAGAUUCCUUUUUCCAAAACAUCAGAAAUUGAAGAAAUUCAAAGAGCAAUUAAUGCAGAAAAUGAUAGAAUUUCUAUUUCACUGCCAAAGAAAAUCAAAAAUGAAAAAGAGGAACCAAUCAUGGAAGGGCAAUAUCCUCCUGCCAGAAACUCGUUUUGUGGAAUAUUCAUGGAUUUUGAAAAGGCAAAUCAGCGACAAAGUAGCAGAAGUGUGGCUAGUAAGCAAAAAAAACGGAUCGCAGAACUUCUCCCACUAAUUGAUCUGGAUUUCUCAGUUACUUUUUCAUUAUUGGAUUUGCCUCCUGUAAAUGAGUAUGACAUGUAUAUUAGAAAUUAUGGUAAAAUGAACACUAAACAGGCAUAUGUUCAGUGUAAUGAGGACAGUCUUGAGAGAGACGUUCAGACUGAGGAAGUUGAGACAUUGGAGAAGUGGACACAGCAUCCAGGAGAAAGUGCCCUUGUAUCUGGAGGUCCCAUAAAAAGCCAGGAGAUGUCAGCCAAUGCAGCUCUAACACCUAAAAUUGAUUCACAAAGAUUAGCAAAUUUCCUCCGGUCUGCUGGCCAGGUGAUUGCUGUUUUGCUAGAGGAAGAUCAAGUUGCAACACAGCCCAGGUGGAAACUAAGAUCUCGACAAACCAGUCUGUCUAUUAGUGAUAGCUGUUUCCAGUUAAAUACUAACCAGCCAUUCCUCCAUGACCGGAAAAUAUCCUGCCUAUAUGUAUCUAACAUUCAGAGGCAGGCACUACUUUCAGUUCAUGGAUUACCUGAAAAAGCAGGUGUUGCUUUACUGGAAAGAAAGAGCAUCAUAUGUGUUUGGAAUGUCUGGCAGCCAUCCAGUCCUCAGAAGGUUUUAAUAUGUGACUCAGAGGUGUUAUGUUGCUGCUUUAGUCCCAGUAAAACAACAUUAGUUUUUGCUGGAACAACAGAUGGUUCGUUGUUGGUGUGGGAUCUUCGAGAAGACUCAAGAAUGCACCCUCGUAUGACAUUCGGUGAAACUGACUGGACAUUUAGAGUUCCGACUUUUUCAACUGAUGGUGUUCUAAACUCAGUAAACCACACCUCUCCUAUAGUAGCAGUGGAACCUGUCUCAACCUCUCUCUGCACUGAUCAGAAAUAUGGACUCUCAAGCCUCUCUUAUCAGGAGGAAAUGUCAGGCCCUCCAUUUCAGAUAGCUUCAAUGGAUGAAAAUGGAAUCCUCAAUAUGUGGGUAGUUGUAGAAUUAAAGAAAGUGGAUUUGUCUGGUUCGCAAACUGAUUUAGGUUUAAUUCCUGGAGGGAAAGUGAAGUUAGUACAUAGUUCUACUAUGGAAUUGAAUAGCAGCCUUUUCCCAAAAGAUGUGCGCCUGAGAACACCCCAAACACUGACUAUUAAAUUUCUGUCUUCUGAUCCUAAUCAUUUCAUUGUUGGAACAAACAUUGGUCUGAUAGGCCAUGGUACAAGACAUGAUUUAAAAGUUCUUCCAAAGCUAUUCAGACCCCAGGAGAGUGGAAUAAGAUCAAUACGUGUCAAUGCGAUUGAUUUCUUCCCUUUUGGAAAGUCACUUUUUUUGGUUGGCUGUUCAGAUGGAAGCAUUAGGUUACACCAAAUGACAUCAGAGUAUCCCCUCAUGCAGUGGAAUGACAGCACAAAUGGCCAACCAAUUAUUGCUCUGCAGUGGGCUUUAACAAGACCUGCAGUGUUUUUUGUCCUGGAUGCAUCAUCUAAUAUUUACAUUUGGGAUCUCCUGGAAAAUGAUCUGUUGCCUGUGGCAAAGCAAACUAUUCCAUCAGAGACAGUUGUAACUAUGGCUCUGCUUGGAGAACCAGAAAAAACAAAUGGAUCGUUAGGAGUUGUGCUGGCCAAGGACUCUGGACAGAUAGAUGUUCAAUAUGUAAAGAAGAAGUGGGCAUUACCUCAGCCUGAGGAAUCUGAAAAACUAAAUUUGAUUUUGUUGCAGUCCUUUUAGAAGCAGGACAUCUGUGUGGGUUUAUUACUGCAAAAUAUUUAUAUGAUUUUUUACCGCAAUUAAAAGAUUUGUAGUGUAGUUUUGUAUUUGUAUAUAACUUGUAUAUAUUUUAAAGAAAAUCGAUACAUUGUUUCAGAUGAAAAGAUAUAUUUUAUCUUAAAAAAUGAUAGAACCAAAUUUUGCUUAUUGUGCUCAAAAAGAUGAUGAACUGUAUUUCCUUAUUGAAAGAAUUAUAAAUAUGUUUAUUUUAAAAAAAAUUGAAAAUAUAUUCCUAUAAAUUACA